UGGUUUACUCAGAAUCCACCUAACUGUUAGGAAGUUUUGUAGCUGCGUGCGUAAAGUUUGAGCAGAUGGAGAGAGAGGAAAGCAGCCAGGCAACUCCGAGCAAGCACUCCGCGGGGGAUCAUCGCAGAGGGGACCCCUCUCCGGUGGUGCACGUGCGGGGGCUGCUGGACUCGAUCACGGAGCGGGAGCUGGAGGGGGCUCUGCAGGAGUUUGGAGCAGUCAGUAAUGUCCGUCUGCUGCCCAGGAAUCAAGCCCUGGUGGAGUUUGAGAGCUUGUCGGCCGCGAAGGACUGUGUGGAGGCAGAGGUCGCUCUCUCCGGACAGCAGGUCUUCAUGAGUUUCUCCACCAGCAGCCAGAUCACCGAGAGGCCGGAGAGCGGGAGGGACCCCAACAACGUCCUGCUCUUCACUGUGCUGAACCCGCUUUACCCCGUCACCACUGACAUGUUGUAUCUGAUCUGCUGUCCUUACGGUGAAGUCUUGAGGAUUGUUAUAUUCCGAAGAAACGGUCUCCAAGCCCUGGUGGAGUUUGACUGUGUGGAGACGGCCCAGGCAGUGAGAGCGGUCCUUCAGGGUGCAGAACUCUUCUCUGGGUGCUGUUCACUGCGGAUCGAGUUUGCUAAGCCAUCAAAACUCACUGUGUUGAAGAACGACAGCGAGACGCGAGAUUACACCAUCCCUCCCUUCUACAAAGCAGAAGCACAGACCAGGCCAGCCUUGUUAGGUCAUCACCCCUCUGCCUUCCACUCU